AUGCCGGGUCGAGAUUGCACACAAGAGGACAUGGAGCUCUGGGAGGAGCUCAUGUGUCGAAAGGAAGAUCGAAAAGAGAAACAGCGCGCGGCCCUCCGACGAGAUCACGAAAGCCACUUCGCCCAUCUGGCCCCUCUCCCACCGCCUCUGCCAAAGUCAAGCCUCUGGUUCGCGCUAGAGAGGAGACCAGAAAAGUACAGAGUCCCGGGGAUUCGACCAUUUCUUGUGGCAUGCCACGACGGGUCUCUCGAUGACGUCAAAGACUGGCUCGUCCACAAACGGGACAUCCUCCGCCCAAUUGGACUGCGAGAUGGACUCGUGUGCGCGGCUCUCCGAGACCAAGUCGAGGUUGCCCGUUAUCUCCUGGACGAGUGCAGGACAACUAUCACCAGCAUGGUCAUCGGCGCGACCUGUAACCGUCGCUCACUGCCUCUCUUCCAGCUCUGCGUCGAACAUGGCUAUCACCCCGACCAAAGCAUACCCAGCAACGAUGGUGGGAUGGGCACAGCGCUCGAGAACUGUCUCGAUAACGCGGAGGUCGUUCGCUUCCUCCUCGAAUAUGGAGCAGAUCCGGACAUCUCGCAUUCUUGUGACAAUAGGUGCAUGAACUGGGGUCUGCGGUCCGCGCCGUUGAUGGAUCGAUCGUCGGGCCUCUGUCUGGACCGGACAGUGAGGGAGAACUGGCGAGACAGUAUGGAGCUUCUUCUUUCUCACGGCGCCAACCCCAACCUCGCUCGGCCGCUGAAUGGCAUCGUUUUACGCCGGUUCAAGAUUCAACUGGGUCGUCUCGGAGAUAGUGAGACAUUGGAGAAGUAUGACUGGCUUGGCUUAAUGAAGCUUUUUAUACGACACGGUGCUGAUGUCAAUAAGUUCAACUACGGAGGAGGUACGGCGUUGACGGGUGCUACAGGCCAUGGAUGGUGGGACAUGGUCGAGUAUCUACUUGAGCAGGGAGCUGAUCCGCGCAUUAAGAAGCCAGUGACAAAUCGCGAUGCUUUUGAGACUGCGGCCGAGAAGUCAGGAACAGCAUGGGACUCGGAGAUGCUAAAGGACUACGUAGCGUACUUGUGCGAUGAUGAGGAACUCGCUCAUUCCAGCACAACACUUCCUGUGCCGGACGAAGCCCGCAGCAACCCUCUGGCACAGAUUAUUGAAAAGAUGAAAACUAGAUCUGGAGGCAAACACCGAGACUGA